AUUCCAUGUUUAAGUAGCAUCCUUUGCCAAAAAUAAUUUUUUUUCCUACCGUGUUAUCCUACAUCAACGAGUAUAUAGAAAAUUAAUUAUAACUUUGAUGUAUAGAGAGAAUUAAAACUUCCGAUAUCCAAGAAAAAAAUAUCCAAAUUGUUUGCUCGAAAUUUCACUAAUUGCAUUGUUCGGGUAAAAGGACCUUUUAGCAAAUUCCAUCGUCCAAUUAUAGAGUAAAACACUAUCACACUAUCACUCCUGCAGCCCAGCUCAGCCGAAAAAGAAUCAAGAUAAAGGAGAUUUUACUCUUUUAAAUGCACACUUCGACAACAAAAUGGCUAUUUUAGCAAGUUGUCUAUAUCAUCUUCCCCAUUUCUUACCGAAAACGAGUCGCAGAAGGUCAAUUGGAGCUCUACCUAUACGAUCUAGGCUGGAAGCUCAUGAUAACAUGGAAUUCUCUCAGACAUCUAGUAGUCAGUCAGAAUUGCAAAGCAGUGAUGUAUGGCAACUCUUCACUGAAGCUCAGCAGAUUUGUUUGGUUUACUCAUGAAUAUGUAGACAUACUGUACCUGAAUAAACAACGCAUGGUGGCGGUGGAAGAGCUGAAUAAAGCGAAAGAGGAGAUUCAAACUUUGCAUCAAAGGAUAGAGAACCUGGAGGCUGGAAAGCAUGAAUACACGGGAGGAGAUAAAUCGUCGAUUCUCUGGGAAGUACUUCUUCGGAUAGAUUCAAUGGUCCUUACAGGAUUGAUUGACGGAGGAGAUGCAUCUGAUUUGAGAAGGCUGGUCAUGGAUUCUAAGGUCAGUUUUCCAGAUGACGUCGUUCCUCUUUUGCAGAAGAGGGAUGCUGAGCUUUUGGCAGAAUUGCGUCGCUUGUCACGGCAGAGUAAAAGGAGUGGCUUUCAUGUAGUACAUGUUUGCACCGAAAUGGAGCCUGUGGUUUCUGUUGGAUCUUUAGGAUCCUAUGUUACUGGCAUAUCACGUGCGCUGCAAAGAAAGGGCAAUUUGGUCGAGGUUAUUUUGCCGAAGUACAAAAGCUUGGAUUUGACUAUGGUACAAGGAUUACAAGAAAUUCAAUCGGAGUUCUAUUCAUAUUUCAAUGGGCAAUUACAUGGAAACAAAAUAUGGACUGGUGUAGUCUAUGGAAUUGGAGUGACUUUCCUUGAGCCUCUGUACUAUUCAUCAUUAUUUAACCGUGAGAUGGUUUAUGGCUACUCUGAUGAAUUUGAGAGAUUCACAUACUUCUCUCGUGCUUCAUUGGAUUAUUUGGUAAAAGUGGGAAAGCAUCCUGAUGUGAUACAUAUACACAAUUGGGAGACAGCAAUAAUUGGGCCCCUCUUCUGGGAUAUUUUUAUUAACCAGGGACUUUCAGCGACCAGAAUAUUACUGACAUGCCAAGACUUUGCAUCCCAGUGUCUUGAGCAGCCUGAAAAGCUUGCGCUUUGUGGACUUGAUCCUUCAAGACUCAACCGUCCAGAUCGUUUGCAAGAUCAUUCUAAAGCACAUCUUGUGAACAUUUUGAAGGGUGGAAUUAUUUACUCCAAUAAAGUAAUUUUUUUAUCAUCUAUAAAUUCAAAAGGGAGAAUUCUUUGGAGCCCUGGUCAUGGCUUAGAGCCAACAUUAUCCUCUCAUAAGGAUAAGCUGGUUGUUGCUCCGUAUGGGUUUGAUCAAACUAUGUGGGAUCCUUCCCGUGAUGAAUUGCUUCCUGAAAACUUCAGUGUCAGUGACAUGAAAGGAAAAGGCAUUUGUAAAAGUUCUCUACAGCAACACGUGGGGUUAAGUGAGGAUGCUUCAUCUAUACUUGUUGGAUGCAUCGUCUCUGAAAUUUCAGAUGUAGAUUUGGAGAGUUUGUUGGGUUUCUUGCGGCUUGCUGACUUGAGAGGAAUACAGUUUCUCUUCAUGGGAGUAAGUAGACUACCGAGCAUUGAUAAUGCGUUACAAUCUCUCAGUGAAGAACUUGAGGGUAAGAAUGUGAGAUUUAUAAACAAGUACGAUGAAGCUCUGUCGCACUUAAUAUUUGGAGGAUCUGAAAUAAUACUGUGCCACACAUAUGAAGAUCCAGUGUUGCAAGUGCCGCUGAAGGCUAUAAGAUAUGGAGCUGCCCCAAUAUUGGUGACUUCCAUUGAAAGAAGAUUCAGACAUUUUGUAGAGCAUGACUUUGGAAGCACUCAGUUCUUCAAGUACAUCUCUGCAUUUUCUAAUAUGUCGCUAAUGCAAGCCGUUGAUGAAAUUAGAAAUAUGCCUUCAGAAUGGAGCCGAAAGAUAGAGGAGGCAAUGUUGGAGGACUUUACCUGGGAUGCUGAGUGUUAUAAUGUGCAUAUAUCUGCUUAUGAAUCCUUAAAGAACUUGUAAAACCUAUUUGUAUUAACCAUGUAUAUAGGUGUAACUUCCUUUUCUUAACCUGUUUAUGCAUUGCAAGGUUUUUUUGGACCCUUUUCAGGAACCCCAUAGUAAGAAGAAUUGUCCUCACACAGGGUCACUCA